AUGCUAUUAAAGCUCAUCCGGAAUAUUCAUUAAAUCAUCAAUAAUUUCUUAAAAGCAGAUUGAUAAUGCCAAUUCUAAUGGAAACACCGAUGGAACUUGAUUUAGAGCUUAACGAAGACGAUUUUCCAUAUGAAGAAGAAAUUUUAAGAAAUGCUUAUUCAGUGAAACAUUGGAUGCGGUAUGUCGAUCAUAAAAAGAACGCAUCAAAGCUGGUUAUCAACCAAGUUUAUGAGAGAGCACUGAAACAGCUUCCUGGAUCUUACAAAUUGUGGUUUCAUUAUUUAAAACUUCGUAAAAAACAUUUAAAAGGAAAAUGUUUAACCGAUGAAGAUUUUGAAAAUGUAAAUAAUGCUUUUGAGCGUUCACUUGUAUUUAUGCAUAAAAUGCCACGAAUUUGGAUGGAAUAUCUUUCGUUUAUAACAACUCAAUGUAAGAUAACAAGAAUACGUCAUACAUUCGACAGAGCAUUACGAGCAUUACCAGUUACACAACAUAACCGAAUAUGGCCACUUUAUUUGGAGUUUCUUAAUAAAUAUGAUAUCCCCGAAACUGGUGUACGAGUUUAUCGAAGAUAUUUGAAACUUUGUCCCGAAGACACCGAGGAGUUCAUAAAUUAUCUUGCUGAAGUUGAUAGACUUGAUGAAGCUGCUCAACAAUUAGCUAAAAUUGUUGAUAAUGAACAUUUUGUGUCGAAAUUCGGAAAAUCUAAUCAUCAGUUGUGGAAUGAACUUUGUGACAUGAUAUCAAAAAAUCCUGACAAAGUCGUUUCACUUAAUGUCGAUGCAAUUAUUCGAAGUGGCUUAAGGCGAUACACAGAUCAACUUGGACAUUUAUGGAACUCAUUAGCCGAUUAUUAUGUUAGGAGUGGAUUGUUUGAAAGAGCUCGUGAUAUAUACGAGGAAGCAAUUGACACUGUAAAAACAGUACGUGAUUUUUCUCAAGUGUUUGAUGCUUAUGCGCAAUUUGAAGAACUAAGUUUGAGUAAACUAAUGGAAGAAGUGACAACAAAAGAAAGAGCGACUGCAGACGAUGACAUUGAAAUUGAUUUGCGUUUGGCGAGAUUCGAGAAUUUAAUGGCACGACGUUUAGCACUUUUAAACAGCGUUCUGCUUCGUCAAAAUCCUCACAAUGUUCAAGAAUGGCAUAACAGAGUGAAACUUUUCGAAGGAAAACCUUUGGAGAUUAUCAAAAUUUACACUGAAGCUGUUCAAACUGUGCAACCAAAACAAGCUGUUGGAAAACUUCACAGUCUCUGGGUUGAAUUUGCUAAAUUCUACGAAGUCAAUGAACAGCUUGAUGAUGCGAGAACAGUUUUUGAAAAAGCAUCACAAGUUGAAUAUAUAAAGGUUGAUGAUCUGGCAGCAGUUUGGUGUGAAUGGGCGGAAAUGGAAAUUCGCCAAGAAAAUUUUCAAAAUGCUUUAGAUUUGAUGUAUCGAGCCACGGUUAUUCCUAAAAAUAAGGUUUCAUAUACCGAUGAAAGUGAAACAGUUCAAGCACGUCUCCAUAAAAGUCUUAAACUAUGGUCAAUGUAUGCUGAUCUUGAAGAAAGCUUUGGAACAUUUAAAAGCUGCAAAAGUGUUUAUGACCGAAUCAUUGAUCUUCGUAUUUGUACGCCACAAAUCAUUAUCAACUAUGGAAUGUUUCUCGAGGAGCACAAAUAUUUUGAAGAAGCUUUUCGAGCAUAUGAGAAAGGCAUUGCUUUAUUUAAAUGGCCAAAUGUUUUCGAUAUUUGGAACACUUAUUUGACGAAAUUUCUUGCAAGAUAUUCAGGAUCACAGUUAGAAAGAGCAAGAGAUUUGUUUGAACAAUGUCUUGAAAAUUGUCCACCAAAUCAUGUUAAAAACUUCUUUUUGCUUUACGCAAAAUUAGAAGAGGAACAUGGUCUUGCUCGUCAUGUCAUGAGUGUUUAUGAACGUGCUGUUGGAGCCGUUCAAGAGAGUGAUAUGUUGGACCUAUUUAAUCUCUACAUUAAAAAAGCAGCCGAAAUCUAUGGAAUUCCAAGAACUCGACCAAUUUAUGAGAAAGCUGUUGAAAUGUUACCGGAAGCAAAAUCCCGUGAAAUGUGCGUAAAGUUUGCUGAAAUGGAAACAAAAUUAGGAGAAAUUGAUCGCGCCCGUGUCAUUUACAGUCAUUGUAGUCAAAUGUGCGACCCGAGAAUCACGCAAGAUUUCUGGCAACGUUGGAAAGAUUUUGAGAUUCGACAUGGAAAUGAAGACACAAUGAGAGAAAUGCUUCGUAUAAAGAGAAGUGUGCAAGCAACAUACAACACGCAAAUUAAUAUGAUGUCAGCUCAAAUAACAACAACAGUUGUAGGAACCACCGAGACAACUAAAAGCGCAAUGCAAGCGUUGGAAGCAAAAGCAGCUGAAACAAACUUCAAACAAACACUUGUAACAGCAACUGGUGCUAAUAUUAUGUUUGUUCGUGGUGAAGUUCAAGGUGGGGAUAAGAAAACGGAAGAAGGUGCUGUUUAUAAUCCUGACGAAAUUGACAUCGACAUGGACGAAGAUGACAGUGGAGGCGAAAACGAAGAUGAAACAGUAGAAUUGAAAAAUGUUCCCAUCGAGAAGCAAUCUAUUCCAUCGAAAGUGUUUGGUGGUCUGAAAAAAAAUGAUAGCGAAUCUGAAUAAAUUAACAUUGUAAAUUGAUCCAAAAAGAAAUAAAAAAUAAAUUAAUUUCAUCGGGA